GUAAAGUCUGGUGUUAUUGCAUUAAAAACCAAGAACUUAUUUCCACUUAUAUUAUUUCAAGUUUUGUUAGUGAACAUUCCAAAAGGUGAUUCCAAAAGCACUACUGUACUCAUAAGAUAGGAUUUUUGUAUAGUGUUUGACUCUUCAUGCUCUCUGUUUCACUGAACACUUUCAAAACCUUUCUCUCAAAAAUGUCUCUAUCACAACUCUCAAAUCAGUUAACCUGUGUUUUCGUCUAUGGAACUUUAAAGAAAGGCGAGCCCAACCAUUUUCUACUUGAAGACUCUGCAAACGGCUAUUCAAAAUUUCUUUUCAGUGCACAAACCAAAUCUAAAUACCCGCUGGUCAUAGGACCACCGUAUAGCAUUCCAUAUAUGAUUGAUCUAAAUUCUACUGGUUUUAACGUGAGAGGUGAGGUUUAUGAAGUUGACGACAACAUGUUAGAAGUUCUUGAUGGGCUUGAGGAACAUCCGGUAGUCUACAAACGCAGAAAAGAGGACGUUAUAUAUAAAGAAGGGGAAGUUGAGAAGGUUUUUGAUAACGCGUGGAUGUAUUUCUAUCAGCAAUACACACCUGAACUGUUGAAACUUCCCAUGUUGGAAAGCUAUAGUAAUGAAAAGCACCAUGCACCGUACGUCCCACUCAAAAUGCGAUGAUAAAAAGGAGGCUUACUAAUGCAACUGAUAUAUUUGUGCAAUUUUGACUUCUUGGAAAACGUACCUUAAAAUUUGUUUGAUAUAAUCUAUUCCAUUAUUAAGUUUUAAGAAGAAAUUGUCAUAU